AUGAGACCUCAACCUGUUUUGCGCGCAUUUAGCCUACUGCAGCGAUCUUCGCGUUGCAGUAAUGGCCGUCGCUUAAUUCAAACGGCCAGCUCUAGCCAGGUCCCCAAUUUUGCUUUUGCCUUUGAUAUCGAUGGUGUUCUACUGCGAGCUUCUAAGCCUAUCCCUGGUGCUGCCGAAUCAUUGGCUCUCCUGAAAAAGCAAGGCAUUCCUUUUAUCCUCCUCACCAAUGGCGGCGGCAAACACGAGACGGCGCGAGUGGCUGAGAUUAGCGAGAAGCUGAACGUGCCACUGGAUGCGUCUGAUAUCGUACAGAGCCACUCCCCUUUUGCAGCACUAGUGAAAGGGACAGAUGAGACAAGCGCGCUGGAGAACAAAUGUGUUUUGGUGGCUGGAGGUGAUGGAGAUAAUUGUCGGCGCGUCGCGGAACAGUAUGGAUUUAAGAAUGUCGUGACCCCUGGAGACAUCUUCAUGGACAACCCAUCCAUUUGGCCAUUCUCUAAGAACUUCUCCGAUUAUUACAAGACAUUCGCGAGACCUCUCCCUAAACCAAUUGACCCAACAGAUCCGAAUAAGGGCUUGAAAAUCGACGCAGUCUUUGUUUUCAAUGAUCCCCGAGACUGGGGUAUGGAUACGCAGGUCAUUAUGGACAUUAUGCUCUCACGCCAGGGACACGUGGGUACACUGUCGGAGAAGAAUGGCAAGACAGACCUUCCCAAUCACGGGUACCAACAGGAUGGUCAGCCCCAUCUGUACUUCUCCAAUCCAGAUUUAUACUGGGCGGCCGCCUAUCCCUUACCCCGCCUUGGUCAGGGUGGAUUCCGCGAGGCACUGGAAGGUGUCUGGGCCGCGACUACAGGCGGGCCAAGCAAGGGCAUUGAAUUGAAAAAGACUGUGAUCGGAAAGCCUUACCAAGGAACCUACGAAUUUGCUGAGCGACAGCUGCUUCAGAACCGAUCCAAGAUUUUCGGAGAUGCAGCUGAUCUCCCACCGCUGCAGCAUGUGUAUAUGGUUGGUGACAACCCAGAGUCGGAUAUUCGGGGCGCAAACUCCUACCGCAGUGGAUACGGAAGCAAAUGGCAGUCCAUAUUGGUCCGCACUGGGGUUUACCCUGGCGGUGAACCCGCUUGGAUCCCCACGACCAUCGCAGAUGAUGUUCAGAAGGGUGUAGAGUGGGCUCUGAAGACCUCGAAGUGGUCUUGCUGA